AUGGAACACGGUGAAACCCCUGAGGUGUCUAGCACUUUCACGUUCGACGACUUCCUUCUGGAGGAUCCAGAGCUUUCUGUCAUGGAUGGAAAUUGGCUGGCAGAGCUCGAAGACUCAGGCUUUCCGCCUACUGAGCUUGGAGCCCCAGCGGCCUCUAUUGGGCAAGAUACGUUGAUGCAGAAAGCUCCGCCUGAGGCACGCAAGUCUGAAAUUGACCCUGAGCUGCAGGCCUUGCUAACCUCUUUAGAGACGGGCACGCAAGACUAUAUAGCUCCAACUACCUGCAUAGACCCUUUGCUGCUUGGGCAGUCCGGCACUAGCACUCAUCAAUCAGACCCAUUCGCCUUGCCUGAGCUUGGACGAACGCUAGCUCCCGACAGUCGACAUUACGAAAUGGCGCCUUUGCUUCCUUUGCUUCCUUUGCCUCCUUUACCUCUCUUUGGUAGUACUCCUCCCCCUGUUCCACCAAAGGAUCACGACAAUACUUUGGCUCGGUCUCACCUAACCCCAUUCACCGGCAAUCCACCCCCUGUCCCACCGAAAUACAACUUUAAAAACCUUACAUCCGACGCCCUACGCUCUGGUAGUUCCCCGCAUUCGCACCUCAUUGCUCGCUACCCACGUCAGCCUCUUCUUUCCGUACCCGUUUAUGAUGACGUGGAAGACCUUGCCUUAGACCCACAGGAGCAGCUAAAUAAUUCCACAGCCACUCCCAGCGCGGAAGAUCAAGGCCAACUUACUACUCGGAAGUAUGGGGAAACAAGACAGACGUUGGAGGCAACUUCGAGACAGCCCAUAGAAGGUGUGUUGGCGCAGAUUGGGCAAGCCAAGCCAACUCGGACUAUAGCGCUCGAUAAGCCGCUUAGCGUGAUGACCAAGGACUGGCCAGUUCCAUUGGGCGACACCUACGCCAAAGUCCACAGAUCAGCGGAGCAACGACAGGCGGAAGUCAACAACAAACAUAAUGGCAAAGUGCCCAGACCGUUGAAUGCCUUUAUGCUAUAUCGGUCCACAUACGCCGAACGCGUCAAGGAGUAUACUGGAGAAAAUAAUGCUCAGAUCGUCUCGCAGAUUACUGGGGCUAGCUGGUCGAUGGAAUCGCGUGAGGUCAAGGAGCUCUACGAAGAGUACGCAGAGAUAGAUAAGCAAAAUCAUCAGAAAGCUCAUCCUCAUUACGAGUUCAAACCGGUGCCGAAGAGGCCAGCGAACAAGAAAAGAAAGGAUCGAGAUGUCGAUGAUUGCCAGGCUCACUCGAUGGAGCGGAAAGACCGCGACUACGAAGCGGGCAGUAGUCGCAAUAAGCGAGCGUGGACCGCCAGCGUGGUCAGGGGGCAGAAUCUUGAACAACACAGGCUUGCUGCUGCUGCUGCAACCUCCAGGGCGAAUGCUGGUAAGUCAGGCUAUGCGCCACGAAAGACGGAACUCUGUCUGACAAACCCACAGAGCACUACAUCGCGGCAGCAAGCCUUUGAAGGGCCUAUUGAGGUUGUGAUCUUCGACUCGCGGGCACUGCCAGCACGAGACGGCCGGCGAUAG